GCAACCAGAUGGGAUACAUAUCUCUCAAACCAACUAUGCAAGCCAAAUGUUGGAAAAAUACAACAUGCAAGAAAGUCGAGAAAUGAAAACACCCAUGGCCACGACCCCACCAACAAAUGACAAAGGAGAAAAUGACAUAAGAUUUCCUUACAGAGAGGCUGUAGGAAGCCUGCUAUAUAUGACUUCUCAAACCAGACCCGAUAUGUCAUUCGCUGUAAAUGUGGAAAGUCGAACCUUGGAAAAUCCUGACAAAAUAGCUGCUCAGAAUGUGAAAAGGACCCUUAGUGAGUUCAUAUUUGGGUCGGUUCAAGGCAAGGUGGGUGAAUUUGUUCUGGUGUCAAAUGCAGAUGCAGUUGACCCAGACACACCGGAAGGAUGUGAUGUAGCUGAGAUCAUUAAACUGUUUGAAACAGAAGACAAUGAAGACCCAUAUCGAGCAAUAGUCAGGUGGUAUUCUCGACCACAUGAUGUACCCAAAAGAACCAUCAGAUCAUUACAGCUGGACAAAAAGCUGGAAGUUAUACUAGAUGAGAGACCAUUUGAUAAUGAUAUCAGCAUUGAAACAUUUUUCAGCAGCUGUGUGGUAUUAGGAGCUAAGAUCGAUGACGAUCCAGUUACUGAAGCGAAGAAGCUUGAGGGACAUGUGUCUGUACCAGUGUUUGUUUGUCGCUACAAACUUGUGGGCUCAGCCUACUCAGCAAAGAUAGAGCCAUACCUAGAUGUUAGUGAAAAUGCAGUGAAUAAGUCUAGUCUUAAGUCUGCAUUUCGAGCAUCCAGUAGAGAUUCUUCAUCAGGGAACAAUGUUGCCAAGCAAAACAAAUCAAAUCAACCACUGUCAUCAAAGGUAGAUGGCAUAAUGAAGCUAUGUUUAAAAACUAGUUUUCCCUUGGAUGUUGAUACAGAAGAUAAUGUUUUGGAAGCAAAUAGAGAAAAACGAAGAAAGGAAUGUGAUAGAGAAAUUAAUGAGCUGAAAUCAAAUUUGUCACCUGUAAAGAGGAGUUUCAGAAAUGAUUUCGCUCCACCAAUAGAAUCCAGUCAUAUUAAUCACAUUACAACAAAAGCAAGUGAAGCUCUACUUGGGCGUACAAGUUACGUUCUUGUCAAGAAGCUAAAUUUAGAAGAGGUAAUACAUAAGAAAAAUGUUGAAGAUGGAAAUCGAUCUAUUUCGCCACCUGUACCACUGACUGAGCCAAGCAUGAGGUGGUAUGGAAUGAAGGAUGACAGAAAUCGUCUUGUGACACUGAAGAUACCCAUCAGUGCAUGUGAUUCAGCCAGGAAGCCAUUGAAAAGCAUUGGACAUGAAAAUACACAACCAUCUAUCAAGAAUACAAGCUUGAAAGAUACUGAAGUUCUGACAUUGGAUACUGAAGAUGAAACAGAGAGUAUUGAUGAGUUUGGCAGGAAUGUACCUGUGAGGUAUGAUGAAAAGAAGCAGAUGAGUAAUGAAAAGUCAGGAAAAUCAAAUAAAUGCAGAACAUUAGCAGAAGAAGAGAUUUUUAAAACAAGAAGUUUAACCCAUAAAACAAAAUUAAAAGACAAAGAUAUUUCCCAAUUAUUGGAUGAUGAUAAUUCUAAUGAUGUAAUUUUCAUUCAUAAGAAUGUAACUGAUAAACCCAUAUCUGACCAGAAUUCUCAUCAGAAAGUUUGUGAAGCAUCUAAAAAUACUAUUUUGCAAGGGAAGAAGACGUUUGAAACCAAUACUACUAUUGUUGAAACCAAGCAGAUGCAGACAAGUAAUAUCAAUAAAGAUGAAAAGAAAUUAAAGAUGAAGGCAGUAAAAGAUGUAUCUGAUAAAUCAAACUCUGAGAGUGAGGAUUUUGGUUUAGUAUCAUCAUCAGCUUCUUCCUCCAAGACUGUCCUACGGAAGAAACAACAUCCAGGUCAGUGGUCAGGAAAUAGUGAAGGCUGUACAAGAUUGAAGACAGUAUGUGAAAGGCCUGUGCAUAUUCCAUUGGCGGCAUCUCUUCUCGAAGACUCUGUGAAUACGUGUGUUUCAGCUUCACUUUCCACACCAGGAAGUGCAUCAUUGGUGGCUGUGAGGCACGUAGAUGAUAAGGUAGUUAAAAGUUCAAACUCAGAAUCUUGCACAGGUAAAUCAAAAUACCUUUAUCAUACUUCUGUGAAAAAGAAACUUUCUUAUGAAGACAGUGGGACAAACAGAAAAUUGCCGUGUGGGGAGAGCCAAGACAGAUGUAUUGUUACUGAGGCAAGGACUGUGAGACAAGGGAAGGUUACAAAUAGAAGAGCAGAACUUUCCACUCCCAAAGUGGGUUGUACAGGUAACAGCAUUAAUGGUCUGGAACCUAUUCAUAAAUCAAAGGUUAUUGACAACUAUUUGGAAUCCAUGAAGAAUUCUAAGCCUUUGAAUAGGUGUCAGGAUCAUCAACAAAAUAAUGAGGAUCACUGGGUUUCUGUCCCAGAAGAUGAUAAUCAAGGCAGUGCUUCUAGUUGCAGAUCAUCAUUACGGCUGAAAAUAUGUAGAACCAGCAGACAUACAAACCAUGAUAUUCAUCAGGAUACUACUCCCAGAAGGCGCAAGAGGCACAUUCUCAGUGACAGUGCCAGUGAUGACAGUGAGUAUGAGCCAGGCAGUGCAUUGAGAUCAAAGCAUUACAGAGCUCAUGAGCCUUCUACACGAGAGUCUUUGAAGGUUAAUGAGAAAGCAUCACCUUGUACACGAUCUUCUUCUCGAAAACGUAAACCAAAUACUUGGUAUGACUCUAAUUGGGCAACACCUGACUCAACUCCUGUCUCUUCAUUGAAAAAGCAAGUUACAAAUUGGACUCCUGUCACUUCUAAAACUCCAAAGUUAGAAGUUACACCGCAGGCAUCCACUACCCCAGUUCCUAAGAAGGGAUCUGCGCAGCGUGCAUUGCUGACACCAUCCAUUCCAACUCGUGCCAGUCCCAUUUCAACUCCUGGUAGUGUUUUGGAGGAGGCACGUGCUAGGUUGCAUGUUGCUGCAGUGCCUAAAUCCCUUCCAUGCCGUGAAAAAGAGUUUAACAACAUCUAUCACUUCGUUGAGGGCAAGAUUCUUGAUGGGACAGGAGGAUGCAUGUACAUAAGUGGUGUGCCUGGGACUGGGAAAACAGCCACAGUACAGGAAGUUGUUCGUAGUUUGCAGGAGGCUGUGUCACAAAGGAACAUUCCAGAUUUUCAGUUUGUAGAGCUGAAUGGUAUGUGGCUCACAGAGCCACGACAGGCAUAUGUCCAAUUAUUGAAUGCACUCACUGGUCAGACUGUGACAGCAGAACAAGCACAGCAGCUAUUGGAACGCAGAUUUUCUCGUACUGCACACCGACGCAUAACUACGUUGCUUUUGGUAGAUGAGUUGGAUCUGCUGUGGACCCGGCGGCAGGAUGUUGUUUACAACUUGUUGGACUGGCCUACAAAAACUUCAUCAUGCCUUGUUGUACUUACCAUUGCGAACACUAUGGACUUGCCUGAGAGGCUAUUGAUGGGGCGAGUGACCAGUAGACUAGGGCUGACAAGAGUAACAUUCCAUCCCUACACUCACAAGCAGUUACAAGAGAUUGUUAUAGCACGACUCAAAGGUCUGCAGGCAUUUGACUCUGAUGCUAUUCAGCUGGUGGCUCGGAAGGUGGCAGCUGUAUCAGGAGAUGCAAGGCGAGCUCUAGACAUCUGCCGACGAGCUACUGAACUUGCAGAAGGGGACACAGAGGACAGUGAUGGAACAGUAACAAUGCAACAUGUUGACCAGGCACUGGGUGAAAUGAUUGCUUCUGCAAAAGUCCAAGCCAUCAGGUACUGUAGCAAAAUGGAACAGUUAUUUUUGCAAGCAGUUGCAGCCGAGAUUCAGCGUACAGGUGUUGAGGAGACAAUAUUUGAAAAUGUUUACAUCCAGUUAAAGACUCUCUGCGUAUUUGAUGGUCAUACAGUGCCAUCAGUUACAGAUUCCCUUGGGCUCUGUGCACGUCUUGGAAGCUGCCGCCUGCUUCUGACUGAACAUUCUAGAGCAGAUGUGUAUCAGCGAAUUUUGCUGAAUGUCAGUUGUGAUGACAUUUACUAUGCCUUGAAGGUUUAGUGAUAUCUUGUGUAGAUAGAAAUAUCAGGUAUUGGAAAUAUGCCAGAGGAAUAUGUGAUGGUUAUGUAACAUUUGGUAUUCUGGUGAAAUAUUUUGUUAUGUAUUUGGUAUGAUUUAGAAUGAAAUAGGAACUUACUUUAUUUAUUUUGCAUGUAGUAAGUUUUUGUGACUGGUGAUAGAUUCUUGUGAUCAUGGUAAUGAACCUUCUGGUUCCAUAAAAUGAAUUUCAUGAAUACUUGACCAAUACCUGAUUCUGAAGAAGGACAUCACUUCAUUUGGAUGCUGUAGGAAGUUUAUGUUAUGUUUUCAGAAGUCUUGAUCUAGUAAUUUGUGGCAACCAUUUACUUUUGCUUGUGUUUAUACACAUUUAACCUUUAGGAGAAGGCAUUUAAAUCUCCAGGAUACUGGCUGAGGUUUUUAAAUGCCCUUACAUAUCCCAGAUGCAGUGGUUCAAAAAAUAAGCAGUAUUUACUGCAUCUUUAAGAUAUAAGCCCCAGAUAAAACUGGAUUGUUAAAAAUCAACCCAUUUACCUAUAUAUGAAGUCUUUAAAUGACUAUUCUGUAUAUACGCACAUGGUUUACAUUUUUCUUUUAUCAUCUUUAUAUGCUCACUUCCAUCUGAUUUUAUAUUUAGCACUGAAAUGUGCCACAAACUUUUGACAACUAUAUGCUGGAUGGUGGUUGUAUCUGUGUAUGGUAUGAUCGUCCCCUGCUUUGACAUGAGAACUACCAUAAAGAUAACUGCAGACCUUCUAUACAAUGAUUCUGCUCUUCUGAGAAUAGAAAGAGUGGGUAUACCAUACAAUAAUAGUCACUUUUCAUUCCCUUUUAGGUUUGGUGUGACAGGAAUCAAAUGACAAGUUCAUUGUAUUUCAAACUCUCCACCAUGCAAUUUGAGUUUCAUGUCUCUUCUCUGAUACUAUAUAAGAACCAUGUUUGUCAUAUAGCAGUUUCAGAUGACAACACUUGGAUGAAGAUGAGAUUAAGCUAAUACUGGACAGUGACUUAGAAGUGAGUGAGGAAUCUCUGAUGAAACAGAUGAGGAGAAAGAUGACAUGACAGAAGAAGCUCUAGUUCUGCCCUUCCUGGGAGUACACAAGCAAAAUCUUUUAAUGGACCAGUUAGCUGGGUGUGUCCAUGACAACACAAAUAAAACUUCUGACGAUAAGGUGAUACCGACCCCACUUGCACCACAAGGGGAUACUGAAGUGGAGACAAGUCACGGGUCAGACCAACAGUAACAUCCAUCCAUUCACUGGUGACAUGGGCAAUAGACAAAAUGUGGCAUCCCAUGUAAAUGAAGACUGGACUGCAUUUAAUGAUUUCAUGUUGUAUUUUGCAGCUGUUAUCACUUUGUUGCUAGUGGAGACUGAUCGAUAUUACCAACAGUACUUGUACUUCCUUGACAGUGGACUUUCUCCUAUACCUGACAUCACUGAAUCUGAAGUGUUUCGGUUUCUGCAAUUAUUAUCCAGAUGGGACAUGAUACAUGACAACCUGAAAGACUAUUGGUCAGUUACUGAACAUUUCUUCUCACAUUUUUAUGAUAAAACAGUGAGACUUGACAAGAUUUCUUCCCAUUCUUAGAUUUAUCCACUUUUCAAACAGUGACAAUCCUUUUAACAGUAACGACCCAAACUAUGACAGACUGGAAAAUAAGACAAAUUUUUGACAUACUAAGGAAUGCAUAUUCAAAAUAUUACACUCUGUCAGAACAUCUUGCUAUAGGCAAAGUUAUAGUACUUUUCAAGGUACAAGUAAUUUUUGAACAAUACAUACCCAAGAGACAGAAAUAUUUUAGAAACAAAUUUAUAAAUUCCAGAGACAUGGUAGCAAAACACAUAACUGUGAAACAAUUGACAAAAAUGUUGAAGAACAUGGGCAUAAGCCAUACACGGACAACUUCUGUUAGUUGCCAGAGUUAUUCAGUGAUCUGUCACAAAAGAAAAUCAGUUGUGGGACAGUUGGACCUUAGAGAAAGGGCAUGCCACAAAACAAACGAUUGGGACCAGGUGAUAUUCAUUGUAGGACAAUAGAUGGCAUGACAUCAGUGGUCUGGAGAGGUAAACAUGACAUAAACAUACUGACAAAUAUGCCCAUUACACCAACAAACCAUAACUUCUGUGAGGACUUUGGAAAUGCUAUAAAGCCAAGAAUUAUACAGGACUACAACCAACAUGUGAGAUAUGUAGACAAAGGGACCAGAAUGGUGAACAGUUACAUGAUGCAGCACCACACAUGAAAAUGGACAAAAAAUUAUUUUCUUCAGUAGAUGGGCUUGAAAAUUUUGAACAGCUUCAUUCUCCUGACUUCAUGUUAUGCUAGAAUGACUCACAGACAUUUCAGAGUUGCCCUCUUGCAGAAUUUGAUUGAAAAGGCUAGUAGUUUAUGUUGUCCAUGUCAACCCUUGGGCAGACCAAUGGUUUUGGAGAAAUGGGCAACCAGGCUUGUGAUGAACUUAAGUAAUCAUUAGCCAGUUGAUCCUCCAGACUUUACUGCUGUUUCCCACACAAGAAAUAAAGAGGAGGGUAGAAGUAAAGUAUAAGGAU